AUGUGUAUCUGUCAGGGUGUUUUUGUCUUCCUCUCUACUCUUGCCCUCUCUCUGCCUCUCCUUUUCUGCCUGCCUCUGUUGCGGCACGGGUGGAUGAUGGUGGUUGGUCUAUUGGAUGUGGCCGCCACCGCUGCGAAUGUGUUUUCGCUGCUUCGGCCUGGCUUCUUGCUCUGGGCCCUUCUCGACGCCUUUCUGCUACGCGCAUGCAUCCAGGAGGCCCUCAAAUAUGGCAUUUGUUUCCAGCUGAGGGAGCAGCAGAAGGUGUUCAAUAUCAGGAACCUCGUGUUUUAUGCAGUACUCGCGGCUACAACCUUCUCCCUCGUAACCACGACAAGUGACUCCGUCCGUCUGGCCUUUCACACGACCCGCGGUGCUGGUAUGGCACCUGAGCAGCAGCGUGUGGGGGUUCUUUGGACCUUUGCUGUAUUUCAUGGUGCGUUUGAGCUACCAAUUCAAAUCCUUACUGCUUUCCUUAUUGCAUGCAACAUAACCAUCUCAUCAACAGAUCCGGGAAGCUCUUUCUUGCAGGUUCUUCGCGGGCCCAUUUUACUACAUGGAAUCCCAGCGUUUUGCACGCAAGUCUCUAGACAUGUGGCUCAAAGCGUCGCCAUCAAGUUAAUGUGGGGCCGCCAGGUGGAAGUCAUUCCCCAGGAGGCUUUACGCGCAGUUGCCGCGACGACUGCACUCUGUCACUUCGUCUCCACAAUUGUAAUGAUGGGGAGCCUCCUUAUAGCCGUUAUUGCAUGCAGGCGCGCUUAUCUUGGGGCAGUUGCUGUGAAUAGAUGCGCACCUUACGGCGUUGAACAGCCUCCGCGAUUCUUGUUUUCAAUUAAGGAUUUUCUCCAGAAGGAUUCAGAAGGUCAGGGCCAGCUUCGUACGAACACCAUUUAUGACCAAUCGUGCACUGGGCUUCAUGAUGAAAUGAAAAUACAAGUAUCCUCCUGUGCAUGUUCAUAUUUAUUUACAGAGGGAGAGGCUACGGCUCAUCUUUUGGCGAAGGAAGUGGAAGACCAGGCUUCGGCUCCACGUAAGGCCGCAAAUACGAAAUUCGCAAAGUUCAAAUGCAAGGCAGAAAGUUUGCACACAUACAGCCCGGCAAACCUGACGGAAGAUGAGGAAGCCACCAUAAGGGAUGUUCUCACCGAACACUUUGGGCCUUCGUUUUAUUCGCAAUAUCAACACUUGGGGCAGCAGGUCCCAAUGGAUGACGACACGCGGCUCGUGCAGAACGUUGUAAAGCUCAUGAAACAGCAAUUCCACAAGCUCAGGCAAGUAUUCAAUGUGGAGGUCAAACCACAUUGGUCGCAUUUUCUAGCGGUGGCGGCCCUGGAGAAGGAUAUGAAGGUAAGAUCUGGUAAUGUUCCCUGCAGAGAUGCGGCCUCAUGCAAGAAGCUCGAGCACCUCGUCAACCGAUGCAACUACAUCAGAAAAGGCGCAAUGGUUGCCAGCAACCUAUUCAACGCGGUUACGCAUGUCCUCAACGGAGUAAUGUCGGUCCUGUGCGGCUGUCUCUUUGUGGGGCCUGUCCACCUCUGCGUACUCAAAAACUUUCCUUACACGUGCAAGUUGCCCUUCCCUGUCUACGGAUCCUUGUACAUGGGAACAGCCCAAGUCUGGGAAGUUGUAAAAGCGACUAGCAACAUGUGCAGGAUGUACGGCGAUCCCGGACUCGGGAGCAUCCUGGCUGUCACGCGCCGGGCUGCAGAAAUGUGUUGUGGCGAGGCCCCUGUAGGGGGAACGGCAGGUGGAAGAAGCCGUGAUGCAGGCAGCGUCGGGAAGAUGAAAGGCGGAGAAAUGUCGCCUUCACUCCGCAAAUGCUUCGACUGCGCUGUUUAG